AUGCUGGCACCCUGGGCAAGCUGGCACCCUGGGCAAGCUGGGACCCCGGGCAAGCUGUCACCCCAGGCAUGCUGGCAUCCAUGGCAGGCUGGCACCCCUGGAACCCCUGGCAUUCUGGCACCCUGGGCAAGCUGGGACAACUGGCAGGCUGGCACCCCUGGCAUGCUGGCUCCCCGGGCAUGCUGGCACCCUGGGCAAGCUGGGACCCCUGGCAUGCUGGGACCCAUUGCAUGCUGGCAGCCGAGGCGUGCUGGCACCCUGGGCAAGCUGGGACCUCGGGCAUGCUGGCACCCUGGGCAAGCUGGGACCCCUGGCAUGCUGGGACCCAUUGCAUGCUGGCAGCCGAGGCGUGCUGGCACCCUGGGCAAGCUGGGACCUCAGGCAUGCUGGCACCCCUGUCAUGCUGGCACCCCUGUCAUGCUGGCACCCUGGGCAUGCUGGCACCCCUGGCAUGCUGGCACCCUGGGCAAGAUGGGACCCCUGGCAUGCUGGCACCCCUGGCAUGCUGGCUCCCCUGGCAUGCUGGCACCCUGGGCAAGCUUGGACCCCUGGCAUGCUGGCACCCAUGGCAUGCUGGCACCCCUGUCAUGCUGGCACCCCUGGCAUGCUGGCACCCCUAGCAUGCUGGCACCCCUGGCAUUCUGGCACCCUGGGCAAGCUGGGACAACUGGCAGGCUGGCAUGCUGGCACCGUGGGCAGGCUGGCACCCCUGGCAUGCUGGCUCCCCGGGCAUGCUCGCACCCUGGGCAAGCUGGGACCCCUGGCAUGCUGGCACCCAUUGCAUGCUGGCACCCCUGUCAUGCUGGCACCCCUGGCAUGCUGGCACCCUGGGCAAGCUGUCACCCCAGGCAUGCUGGCACCCAUGGCAUGCUGACACCCCUGGAACCCCUGGCAUUCUGGCACCCUGGGCAAGCUGGGACAACUGGCAGGCUGGCACCCCUGGCAUGCUGGCUCCCCGGGCAUGCUGGCACCCUGGGCAAGCUGUGA